AUGCGCUGUUGCCUAACCGUACUGCUCAGCUGCCUAAAGGUUCUGCUCAGCUGCCUAAAGGUUCUGCUCAGCUGCCUAACGGUUUUGCGCAGCCAUUUUCUCCCGGGAGAGGCUGGAGUGUCCAAAAUCUUGGCCCGACUGAGAUUUCUACUGGUGUCAAGGCGGGUGGCCGCAGCCACGGAGAGGCUCUCUGCCGCCGCUGUCAAGGGCGAUGGGCCGGAGCGCCGCAGCCCCUUCAGUCAGCUGGUCUACACCAACAACGACUCUUACGUGAUUCACCAUGGGGAUCUCAGGAAAAUCCACAAAGCUGCCUCCUGGGUCCAAGCCUGGAAGCUGAAGAGGAUGAUGAAGAAGACGACAAUGGACCUGAACAUAAGAGAUGCGAAGAAGAGGACUGCUCUACACUGGGCCUGUGCCAAUGGCCAUGCAGAAGUGGUAACACUUCUGGUAGAUAGAAAGUGCCAGCUUGACGUCCUUGAUGGUGAAAACAGGACACCUCUGAUGAAGGCUCUGCAAUGCCAGAGGGAGGCUUGUGAAAAUAUUCUCAUAGAUUCUGGUGCUGAUCCAAAUAUUGUAGAUGUGUAUGGCAAUAGAGCUGUCCAUUAUGCUGUUUAUACUGAGAAUUUGUCAGUGGUGGCAAAAUUGCUGUCCUGUGGUGCAGACAUCGAAGUGAAGAACAAGGCUGGCCACACACCACUUUUACUGGCCAUAAGGAAAAGAAGUGAGCAAACUGUGGGAUUUUUACUGACAAAAAGAAAUGCAAAUGCAGUUGAUAAGUUUAAAUGCAUUCAUCAACAACUUUUGGAAUAUAAACAAAAGCUAUCUAAAAAUUCUCAAAAUAGCAAUCCAGAAGGAACAUCUGAAGGAACACCUGACGAGGGUGCACCCUUGGCGGAAAGAACACCUGACACGGCUGAAAGCUUGGUGGAAAGAACACCUGAUGAAUAG